AUGUCGCUCUGGACGUUGCUCCUGGCGGUGCUUGCACUCCUCAGCCCGCUGUGGGCCGGGUCCACAGCCGAUGUGGACCUUCCGGACACCUUUCUCGUGGAAAGCCCCCACCAGAUGGACCCCCUGCCGGCCCACAACUUCGGCCGCAUGUACUCCCCGGGAUCCAUUGUCCAAUACGUCUUUGACAACCGAGCAGCCAACUUCUACCCGCAGCGCACCGAGCAGGGCCUAUUCCCCUCCCUGCGCCUCGGGUCCUUCUUCUCCCGACAAAGCGACCUAUCCUUCACCCUCUUCAAUAUCCCCGAAACGGCCGUCCCCACGCUCAUGGCCCUCCCUACGCCGGAGCUUCAGCAGCCGAUGUUUGCCUGGCAAGACAGACAACUUGUCUACCUGACCUGGCAACAUAACAAUCACCCCUACUCCUUCGACGGGAACAUCCAACCAGUUAUCCUCGCGGUGGAUGUUAUCGCACCGACGGUGGCCCGGAUCCUGGUCGAUCAUGAGGGCGCCGCGGUCCUCCUGCACUUCGAGAACAACAUCUUCUCCUCGUCCAAGUUGGCCGUUGAGCCGAGGAGUGCGACCGCCGGUCUUCCCGGGAAUCUCUUCCUAGCCACGCCCUCUUCUUGGUAUUGGCUGCAAGAGGGCGCCCGAUCGCGAGCCACCUCGACCAGCCAGCCAAUCCUCGACAUGGCUGCCACGCGCUUCCUGACGGCCGACCCGGAUCGCAUGGAUCUGGUCAUUGUCACGCCCGGCGAGCUGCAGAUCUACAUUGGCCUGGGUCCCAACAACACCUGGCUCGACCUCCUCACCAGUCCCCUGUCCGAGGCCCAAGACCACCUCCUCCUCCACAUGGUCCCCCGUGUGCCGCACAUCACCCUCCCCACCGGGUACUUGCAUCUGGUCCACCAAUCCACGAAAGCCCUCUGGCGCGUGAACUACCACCCCACGCGGCUUCUGUGGCAGCGUGUUCGAGCUCCGGGCCACUUCAAUCCCCUGCAGUCCGCCAUGCUGCCCGUGUCGAUGGCCAAUGCCCGCGCACAUCCCCCCGAACUGUGGCUGGCCCAUCAACAUGUGCGCGUGUUCCCCACCGGCCCAUUGUUCGGGUGCACCGGGGCCGACCCCUCGAUCGUGUGCGACCCGGCCACCGGCUCGUGGAAAUGCGCCCCCGGUCGGGUGUACGCGCCCUUGGCUUCGCCGAUGGAGCUUUGUGCCGCGUGCGCCGAUGGAUUCCACGCGGUGGCCCUUUCUCCAUACCGAUAUGACUGCCGGCCCUGCCCCGGAGACCACUGUCGAGCCUGUGUGGCCGGGGUGUGCACCGCUUGCAUGGAUGGCUACCUGCUCCGUCGGACCCUGGUAAAUGGCGCCCCCUCUGCCCAAUGCGUGAGCAUCUGCGGCCCGGGCUAUCAACCGGCGCAGGCCGAGUGCCAGCCCGAUCCUCCCCCCUCCCGGCCCCAUAUGCCCCUGACACGGAUCUCCCAGCAGGCCGACAAAAACAUCGCGGCUCUCACUCCAACUCGCAUGUUCCACCGAGACGGCCGGCUCUACCUUUCCCGUGAUUCGCUGUCGGCCCGGGAGCCCGGUGGCAUGUUGGCCAUCUUGCAAACCGGCACCUUUGCCAUGGUCGAUGUCCGGAGCCUGGCCAGUGACCUGACAGCUCCGCUGCAGGUCCACCCGCUGGAGCGACUUCCCAGCGUCUCUUCCGUCCGGCAGAUGUUCGAGCUUGGCCCACUGCGCCAGGGCGAUACCAUCCGCCUGGUGUUGCUCAUUGUGCUUUCCGGCCAGCAGUCCCAGAUCACCUUCGAGUGCCACCUUCCGCUUCAUGGCGAGGAGGAUGAAUGCCCCGCUUUGCACUCCCCACUGGCGACUCCGGCCUCGUCCCUUUCCACCCAAGCCCUUGGCAAUCGCAUCUCGCCGACGGUCGUUUCCUAUGAUGGUCCCUUUCACGAGCUCCGCCCAGACGGCAGCCUCAUCAAAGUGGAGGGCAUCCUGACAGCCGAUCAAAGGACCUCCGCCGCCAUGGCCAUCCACACCAACCCGGCCACCGGUCAGCCCGUCUCGUGGGUUUAUCAGUACAUCCAAAAUGCCGGCUUCGUUGCUCAUCCCUGGGACCUGGUGAGUUUCGGCGAUGCACGCACCUCCACCAAGGACUGGCAGCACAUCCAGACCCACAAUCCCCCGAACGUCAUGCCACUUGCCCCGGCGGUGUCCCGGCACCCGGUGGGCACCCGGUCCGGGACCUCGACCAGCAGCACAUCCCCGCGCCAGCAGCCCGCUCCUCCGGCUGGGCGCCCGGCCGCACACUCCAGCACAUGGCCCAUCCACAUGCUCAACUCCGGCAUUGUGCCAUCCAUUUUUUGGCGCCCCAUGGCAUUGGCCUCCGGUUCCCGACCGCAUCACCUGCCCCAGUAUGAUCUUCUGCUGACGGGCAUCGCCCUGAUCAACACCGUGCCCCAUUGGCUUGUCAUCCAUUAUCCACUCGGCAUGGAGCCCCAACAGCGCACUCGGCAAAUCGCCGGGUCCCCCAGCAGCCGCGGCCCCCUCCCCCUGAACAAAUCCACUGCCCCUUCGACUGUCUUCCAUGCGCAGGCCCUCCACCUGCAGGGGUAUCCCGAAUACCCCAGUGCCUUAGUGGUGUUGCACCGCGACUUCUUCGGCGUCCUUCUGCUACAUUGUCCCCUGGGCCACGCCGUCUGCCAGCUGGGGCCUUCACACAUGUCCACCUACCCGGCCGGCCUGUCGGUCACCGAACAUACCUUCAUCACCGCGGCUCAACUUCCCCAGUCGGGCUCUCUCUCGGAUGGCCAGCCCGCCGCCGCCGCUUUCCUCAUCGUGUCACGCUCCAAUCCGUCCAGCACCUUCCUGCUGCAGGUGGCCCCGGAGGCAUGUCCCCUGGGCACAUAUGCCCCCGAGUGUGGCCCCUGCCAUGAAGACUGCCAAGCAUGCCACGGCCCCCUGGCCACCGACUGCUCCCAGCCCGGGUGCAACUUCUUCCUGCCCGCCGACCCGGCCACAUGUCUCCCCGUCUGCCCGCCUGGCCUCCAUCGCCACGCCUCCGGGGCAUGCCUUUGCCGUGCCGACUGUGCUGCCUGUUCGGCCCCCGAAGUCGGGGAGUCGGUCCUCUGCACGGCCUGCCCCUCCGGCAUGGCACUCGAUCCCUCGGACCCGGCCCCCGACCGAUGCCUGGCCUGCCACAGCACCUGUAGCCAGUGCGCGGCCCCGGGCAGCCCGACUGCCUGCCUGGCCUGCUCCGACGACCGGGCAUAUCGCCAGCCCAAUGGCUCAUGUGCUCCCGCGGCCGAAUGCCCCCCCGGGUAUUGGCCACACGAGCAUGCCCGUGCAUGCGAGCCCUGCCCGGCCGGGUGUAGCACCUGUGCGGAUGCCUUCCGUUGCACGGCCUGCCGCCAGGGCUUCCUCCUGGAGGCCACCAUGGGCGUCUGCUUCGAAUGCGUGCCCGGGUGUGCCUCCUGCGAUUCCCAGCCCAACAGGUGUCUCUCUUGCCAGCCGGGGCUGCUCCUGCUGCCGGACUCCGGCACAUGUGUUUCCACCUGCCCGGCCAGCACGGCCCCCAAUGCGACGGCCACCGCCUGCCACGCCUGCCACGCAUCUUGCGCCACAUGCACGCAUCCCGGCAGCCCGAUCGCCUGCCUGACCUGCCCCGGCGCCACGGCCCUCCAGCCCGAUGGCCGGACAUGUGCCACCGAUUGUCCCAUGGGCUUCCGCCUGGCGGAUGGCCGCUGUGUCCCCUGCGACAGCGGCUGCAUUGCCUGCUCCACACCCGGCACCUGUGACCAGUGUGAUGCCCGGCGCUUUGACGCCGGCGACGGGUCUUGCUCGGUGUGCCACUCGGCCUGCCUCACCUGCACAUCGGCCAGUGCGUGUACUGCCUGCCAGCCGGGGCUGGUCUUCCUGUCGCCGGAUGCCCUGCUCGACUCUCUGUGCACAAGCACUUGCGACCCGGGGGACUUCCCCGGGCCCGGCCGCUGUCAUGCCUGCCACCGGUCCUGUGCCCUGUGUUCCGGAGCCCCCGACGCCUGCGAGGUGUGUGCUCCCGGAUUCCACCGGCCUCCUGGCUGGCUUUCGGGCGCCGGCCCGUGCAUGGCCUGCCCCGCGGGGUGCACAUCCUGCACCUCGAGCAUGUGCCUCUCCUGCGAGGGGCACCUCUUCCUGACGCAUGACGGUCGGUGCGUGGCCUCCUGCCCGGCCGGGGCAUUCGGGCAACCGGCCCUGGCCGCCUGCCAGCCGUGUGAUGCCACAUGCGCCGACUGCGCCGGGCCAUCGGCCGACGAAUGCACCGCCUGCAUCCCCGGCCUCGAGCAGGUCCCCCGGCCGGGUGGCCUGCUUGCAUGUGAGUCUCCCUGCCUGGAGGGCCAUUUCCGGGAUGACUCCUCCAUGGCAUGUCUCCCCUGCCAUGAGGCCUGUGCCGAGUGCAAUGGGCCCACCGAUGAGAACUGCUGGCGGUGUCAGGACCACCUCCUCCAGGGGAGCACCUGUGUCCAAGAAUGCGCCCCCCAGCACGUCCCCAUGGCCGGUCGCUGCCUUCCGUGCCAUGUCUCCUGCCACCAGUGCACCGGCAUCCGAAGCACCGACUGCACCGGCACCUGCCGGUCGGAUUUGCUGGCCCUCCCGGCCGGGCAGGGGCCCAUGCGUUGUGUGUCCGCCUGCCCGGCCGGCCACCGGACCACCGAGGAUGGCUGUGUUGCGUGCGGGGAUAACUGCACCACCUGCCCGGUGUCUGCCGAUGUCUGUGCCCAAUGCAACCGCGGCUGGUUCUUGUUCCCGGCCGACACGUGUGACAGCCCCUGCCCGGAGGGCACCUCGCCCUGGGGCGGCCUUUGUUCCCCCUGCCACGGCUCCUGUGCCACAUGCUACGGCCCCGAUCCCGGGCACUGUCUCACUUGCCAUGCCGAUGAGUCGGUCAUGCUUGACCACCGGUGCCUGGCAUCCUGCCCGGAGGGCUUUUUCCCGGACCACGGCCAGUGUGCCCCUUGCCACACGGCCUGCGCCGCCUGCCACGGGCCCGAUGCUCACCAAUGCACCGCCUGCAAGUCCGGCCAUCCGCUGACCCUGCGCGGAACAUGCGAGCCAGCCUGCCCGGCGGGCCAGUUUGCCAUCGAUGCCGGCCCCGACCAACGCCUCUGCCAGCCCUGCCACGAGGGGUGUCUCAUGUGCGACGGCCCGACCGCUGGCCAUUGCACCGCCUGCCGGGAGGGGCAGCUCCUGGAGCAGACCCGCUGCACGGAAGCCUGCUCGGAGGGCCAUUUCCCCUGUCCCGAUGUCCGCAGGUGCCUUGCCUGCCCGCCCGACUGCACCAGCUGCUUCCAUGAUGCCGCAUCUCCGGACACCUGUGCGGCUCGUUGUACCGCCUGCCGGGCGGGGCUCAUGCUGUCUCUGGUGACCGAGCAAUGUCAGGACACCUGCCCCCCCGGGGAAGUGUUUGAUGUUAGCCCGAUUGCCCCCCAGGCCACGUGUGCCCGGUGCGCGCCCCGGUGUGCCACUUGCCAUCCAUCUCCGGACCAUUGCACGGCCUGUGCAAACGAGGAUGACUGGCUGCAGGUGGCCACCGGCGAAUGUUUGCCCGCCUGUCCGGCGGUCCAGUACGCCUCGCACUUCGGCCAGCGCGUUUGCCUCCCCUGCCCGGCGGAGUGCGAACAAUGCACGGUCUCCGCCAUGCACCCCGGCUGCCAGGCGGACGCCCAUGGCCUGCUCGUCUGCCGGGAGGCCGAUUCCUGCGACCGGUGUGCACCGAACUCCCUCCUGCUGCAGGGCAAUGCCUGCGUCUCCAAAUGCCCCGCCGGGUUCUUCGACCACUGGGACGCCCCGGUCCCCGCGUGCGGCCCCUGCCACUCCUCGUGCCUCGGCGAGUGCUUCGGCCCAAGCCGGGACGAGUGCACCAACCCCCGACCCGCGGUCGAUCAUCGACUUGCCCUGGGACUGGGCGUUGGGCUGGGACUGUUGCUGCUGCUGCUUCUCCUGGCCCUGGCCAUUUGUUUGUUGUGGCGCUUGCGUCGAGCCCCGGCCCCGAAACCUUCCGAUGACCCAGAUGAGAAUUCAACGGUCCUCAACACGCUUGUCGAACUUUCCCUCCCGGGCGCCAUCCAGGUGGACCUGGGGAUGGACUUCACCCCGAUCGACACGGCCCUCGGCACCGGCGCCCAGGCCACUGUCUUUGCCGCGCGAGCCGUCGGUGCUGGGAUCUCCGCGCGCCUCAAUUGCCCGGAUAUCGUGGCCAUCAAGCAGCUAAAGGCGACCACAAUGACCCCCCGCCAUGUUGCUCUGUUCCAAAACGAAAUCGCCCUCAUGUGGCUGCUCCGCCACCAGGAUCACAUCGUCCAGCUGUUCGGCUACAGCGAGUCCCCGCCCGGCAUCGUCAUGGAGCGCUUCCACUCCGACUUGGGCGUCCUCCUCCACUCGGAGGUCGAGUUGUCCCUGCACACUCGACUGGAUUUGGCUCUGCAAUGGGCCACCGGCUUGGAGGCCAUGCAUGGCCAUGGUGUCGCCCAUUGCGACUUGAAGCCGGCCAAUGUCUUUGUCAGCCCCGAUGGCAGUGCUUGGCGAGCGGCGCUCGGGGAUUUCGGCACCAGUCGCAAUCUCUCCGACAGCCGGUCCUCGGCCCUGGUGUCCCAUGCACCCGAGCUGAAUGCCAUGACUGCGCGCUAUGCGGCGCCCGAGGUUUUGGUCGCCUUCCAGCGCCGACGCCCUGUCGAGGCAAACCUCUAUCUUCCGGCUGACAUAUAUGCCGCUGCCCUCCUGCUUUGGGAGACAAUCGCCCGCCGGGUUCCCUGGGAGGAUGGCUCCUUCAUGAGCAUCGCCGAAAGUGUGACCGCCGGCCGGCGCCCGGAGCUCCACCACGCCGCCGACCCUGUCACCCGGGUGAGCCCGUCUCUCGGCCAGAAUCUGCUCGACACCUUGCCCCUGCUGUGGGCCCCCGAAGCACCGGCAAGACCACCGGCUGCCAGCCUUCGCCACCUGGCUGCCACCCUGGUGACCAUGCUCCCUGACCAGUGAAUCGACCCCCCCCCCUUGACAUCCCUCCCGAGCCGGGGCCUCACUCACCUCGACGAAAUACAAGUCACCAGCAAUGUCCA